GGAAAUAGUAAAAUGAAACAUAAUUUGAGUCUCAUUAAUUACACAAUAAAUGUGAAUACGCGAAAAAUUUUACAAAUUUAUAUGUGCUGUGAACUUAUGGUUUGGGCUGUUCUUUCAUAUGCCUCAAUAAAUUAUGGAAAAAUGUUUGAUCAUCGAUAUACAAAUACACAACAAUUUGCCCAAAACAUUGACACCAAUAUCUAUUAUGUGGCAGUAUUUGGACAUCUAAAUUUGACUUAUCUCGAUGUCAAAGAACAGCGAAUAAUUCAAGAAAAAUGUUAUUUAAUAAAUACACUCUUGGUCUUCGUCUGGGGUACAUACUUUAUUUUAUCAAUAUUUUUCGUCAUUGGAUUGACAAAGAUGUUAAGCUCCAAAUGUCUCCUGUGCCCGUAUAUAACUUAUGAUUUAUCCGUAAUAAUUUCAGUAAUUGUAUUCGUAAUUUAUGGAUUCUACGAAAAGAUUGAAAUGCUUGAUAAGAACGGAGAUCUGUUUCUACUAUUAAAAGUCGUUCCAUCAGCACUCAUACACCUGUAUUAUCAUCAACUUACAUGGAUAUAAUUGAAAAAAAGUUUAUUUUCUCAACCUCAAUGUGAUGAUGAAUCAAAAAAUGCAAAUUUGAGGCGCAAAAACAAUUGAAUGACUGAAUUGGGGAUCGUCCGUUAAUGAUGUCUGCUG